CCCCUCCCCCCCGGCGGGGGCUCCUCGCUGCAGCCUCUGUGCUCCGCUCUCGGUCAUGUGACCCUAACGUAACCGGACAGGAAAAGCCGCCGCCGCCGCCGCGCUGACUCCGUUGUUGCUGCUGCUGCUGGGCGCGGAGACGGCGGCGGCCCGAGCGGGACCAGGCGCCACAGCGGCCCGAGCCCCCAGAGUGUGAAAAAUGGAUCUGGCCAACCACGGACUUAUACUGCUACAGCAGCUAAAUGCACAGAGGGAGUUUGGUUUCCUGUGUGACUGCACGGUUGCUAUUGGUGAUGUCUACUUCAAGGCGCACAAAUCUGUCCUUGCUUCUUUCUCCAACUACUUUAAGAUGUUGUUUGUUCAUCAGACCAGUGAAUGUGUCCGUUUGAAAGCAACUGACAUACAACCAGAUAUCUUCAGCUAUCUCUUGCAUUUGAUGUAUACUGGGAAGAUGGCACCUCAGCUCAUUGACCCAGUUCGAUUAGAACAGGGAAUAAAGUUUCUGCACGCAUAUCCACUGAUUCAAGAGGCCAGCCUUGCCAGUCAGGGUACCUUUUCUCAUCCAGAUCAAGUUUUUCCAUUAGCCUCUUCUUUAUAUGGCAUUCAAAUUGCAGAUCACCAGACAAGACAUCCCACUAAAGUUACCUCAGCAACUGACAAACUUGGGCGAGAAUCCAGGCCACAGCCUUCCAGGAUGAGCCAAGAACCAGUGUCUGAGGGCUCACAGCUCUCACAGUUGGCUUCAAGUCUGCCACAAGUGACCCGGACAAAUAUGACCACUUCUGACCCUUUGCAGUCUUCACUGUCUCCAGAACUGGUUUCCACUGCUGGUAAUAGUUCUCCUCCAGAGGAGGAAGCCAACAUGGAAGCAUCUUCUUCAGAUGAACAGCCUGCUUCACUCACAAUAGCACAUGUCAAGCCAAGUAUUAUGAAAAGGAAUGGAAGCUUCCCAAAAUACUAUGCCUGCCACCUCUGUGGUCGUCGAUUCAAUCUGCGAAGCAGUUUGCGUGAGCACCUCCAGAUCCACACAGGAGUACCCUUCACAUCAAGCCAACAGGGAGAAAGUAGCAUUUCCCUGUCUCUUUGUAAUAAUGCAGCUGAAAAAGAUGCCAUGGAAGUGCCUGAAGCGGGAAUGAUUAGUGACAGUGAGCUGCAACAGAUCUCAGAUUCCCCAAUAAUUGAUGGACAGCAGCAGGCAGAAACACCACCACCAUCAGACAUUGCAGACAUAGACAACUUGGAGCAGGCAGAUCAAGAAAGAGAAGUUAAAAGACGGAAAUAUGAAUGUUCCAUCUGUGGACGCAAAUUUAUUCAAAAAAGCCACUGGAGGGAGCAUAUGUACAUACAUACUGGCAAACCUUUCAAGUGCAGCACUUGCGACAAAAGCUUCUGCAGGGCAAACCAAGCAGCCAGACAUGUGUGCCUAAAUCAGAGCAUGGAUACGUAUACUAUGGUGGACAAACAGACUCUGGAACUGUGUACUUUUGAGGAAGGCAGUCAAAUGGACAACAUGUUAGUACAGACCAACAAGCCCUACAAAUGUAACUUGUGUGACAAAACAUUUUCAACUCCCAAUGAAGUGGUCAAACAUUCGUGCCAAAAUCAAAACUCUGUCUUUGCUCUAGAAGAAGAUAGAUCCAUUCUGCUAGGCAGUGAGGAUACAGAAGCUACAGAGACUGAUAACUCAGUGUUAACCUCCAUCAAAAAAGAGCAGGAAGCAGUGUUGUUAGACUGAAGGUGAAACCUAUCAAUUUUUUAAAGUUCAGUCAUUUGUAUCAAACUAAUACUCCCCCUGCAACCAGAACUACACUGGCAUGGUAAAAAAAAUUGAUCUUGCUCCUCCCACAAAUAAAUAAAUAAAAGGCCUUUGCCUCAAGCCACAACAUAAUUGAUUUUAAUACAAAGGAAAGUGUGUAGAGGGAAUUCAUCUAACUUUGUCGAUAGUACUAGUAAACUCAAAUUUAAAUAGAUUUUAAACAGAUUUUAGAUUAUUUAAAUGCAUACUUAGAUGCAAUGAAGUGUGUAAUGAGAAAUAAAAUACCAUUUUGGUAAACGAAGAAUAUAUAUAUAUAUAUUUAAUUAUAAUUAUUUUCUCUGGUAACAAGUCUUCCUUUUGAGAAGAAAUAGCAGAUGAUGCAGCGUGCUUUCUAGAGCUACAUGUACAAACUCUGUAAGAUAACUAAAAAAGGCUUAAAACUUUUCACAGUGAACCCAGGAAACUUUGUUUUUAGCCUUUAGUUUUUCCUCAAGUAUUCCCUGGGGUAUGUAUUUCAGGUAUCAUCAUUGACAUUAUGUCCAUUCAAGAAAAUUUAGUUACUUAGUCAACUUUGACUAAAGUAGCAGUAAUAAUGAUGUGAUGGCAAUCUUUUUAUAUGUAUAUAUAGAAAGCGUGUGUGUGUUUGUGUGUUUGGUAUAUACAGGUAAAUGAAUGCACACACCCUAUCUAAACAAUUGGUCAUCUACUUUCAAGUUCAACCAAAAAUAUCCAUAAAUUUUAGUUAUUUGACAGAUAAGCCAUUUUACACAACCCUUAUUUUUAAAUUAAAUUUAAACUGCCCCAGGAUGUGUGCAUUUUUAUUAUCGUGUUUGAAUGGAAAUUAAUAUAAUUAGUGCUGUCAUCCAAGACAUGGAGGAAACUAGAGAACAGAGAAAUUGCAUACUAGCGAGCACUGUGCAAUUAUCAGUGCUGCAUUCACAUGUGCUGUAGCAAUAGAUCCGAGUCAUUCCUGAUAUGAGGGGAGAGGGGAGACUUGAUCACCUUAUUCACACAAGUAGUCUCAGACUUCAGUGGGUCUAAUUGCAUGAGUUAAGGUGAAAAAGAUUUGGCCCUUUGUUUAAUAUAGUCCCCUUCUAGCAGCGGACAGAGGGAGAGGUGGCUAUGGAUCAUGGUUGUUUUAAAAGUGAAGCUGCAGUGCUGGCCAGUGAAUUCUGUUGUUUAAGGGAUUCCCAUUACUUUAGACUCCAAGGCAAAGUAUGCAAACGCUGGGAGGGCAAAUACCAUAGCAUCAGGAUAGCACUGCAUCUUUGUAUUUAAAAUCAAGUUGCUGAUUUUUAUAUUUAAUUUUUUAUAGAUGCCUGGAUUUUUUGCCAGUAGCCUAAAAACUAAGCUGACAGCAGUAAGGAAGCCCACUGAUCAGUCAUUGGGCCAAUAGGAAAGCUUAUGUAGGCAGAGUAAGUGCCCCACCAUAAAUGGAGGCAGUGUGGGGGGAGGGGGGAAAAGGGCAAGGCACAAACCAUAGCUCUGCUCUGUGUAUAUGUUUAAACUGAGUAUCAUCCUAUUUUGUGUAUAGUUAAGUUCUCAGAUUUGUAAGUUUUUAUACAUCGUUUCAUUGAAUAAAAAUUGAAUUAAAUGGAA